AUGGCGAACGCCUACGUCGUCCUCGCCUGUGUCGCCGUCCUCGUUGCCAUCGCAACACAAAUCACCUCGAGGUGGUUGUGUCUCUUCACCAUCUCGGGGUUCUUGUACCUCUUCAGCGACGACCUUCUCCUCCCGCCCCCCGAAGUCGCCCCAGCCGAGCCAGAAGCCGAGUUGGUGGCGCCAGUCCAGCCAGCUCCAGCCACGCCAGACUUGUCCCCUCCCGCUGCUCCAAAGAAGUUCAAGCCCUAUUGGGCAGAGAUUCAAGACUGGAGGAGGGACCCUCGUUACCGGCGCCUCGCUCCGCCUGUUCAAGCACCAACGAGGCCGCCACCCGUCCGGGCGACGAUCCGUCGCGACCUGCUCGAAGAUCAGAGCGAGCGUCAAGCCCGAGCUUCUGUGUCUCUUGCCAAGGGUUCGACCGCGCCGUCAAGUGCGCGGGAGGCCUACAGUCAGGAGCCAACAGAGGCUCGGAGUGCAAGCCUGAUCGACGACGGUCCUGCGCCUUCCGCGGCAACGACUGAGCCAGUUAAUGGCCCAGCGGCACGCAAUCAGGAAGUUCUUGCAGUCGGAGAGGUGGGCGAGCGCAGAGAGCAGGAGAAUUUGCCGGUGGAGAUCCCCGAGCCAUCAGCAUAUUCAAACCGCUCCCUGCGCACGAGGUUCAGGAACAAGCCGGAGCGAAAGGCUCCCGUCAUGCGAAGCAAGCCCCUGGCGAGGGACACCAAGCAACGCAGACUGCCGGCCAAGCAGUUGACGAUGAAUACGUUUGGACUGCGUGGCACAGCAGUCCAGGGAUUCGACAGCCCUGUGGAAGACCAGGAAAUGGUCGGUGUUCAACAAAUCGCGGCAAUCGCAGAACACCGGGUGGAUGAGCAGAUGGACGAUGUCCAGCGCACUGCGGCCAUCGCCCUUCCACAGCCAGCCGUCGAGAUCCGUCCUCUCGCAACGACGAACAACCCCCGUCCGGUGAUACAACCCCCACCGCAAGAGAGACGACCAGAGCCCGUCCCCGAGGCAACGGGUUUCUCCCGCUUGAGCAAAACAGACGCUGUCAGAGAAAUCCGGCAGCGUCUCUUCGCCUACACCCAGAUGACGCCCGGGGAACUCGGACGUAGCGACGUCCACCAAUGCCUGGUGGACGCGCACACAUACUACACCACGCCGGGCCCCGACGGCAAUCUCCCCCUCGACGACUCCGCCCCAGCAUUGGCUCAAAUCUACUGCCACGAGAUCGAGUCGCUGGUCCGUCAGACUCUGGCAGCUCACCAGAUCGCAGCCCCGGAGAAGAAUACCACACUUCUCCUCUGCCUCGCCCUCAAAAACGGGCCACACUUCGACUUCUCUCGCGGCAACGACGAAAUCAAGAGAACCACGCCUCUCGAAACCGCAGCAGCUCUCGAACUCGCCACAUUGCUCCACUGGAGCGCAGGAGCAUUACAAUACCACCUCCCAGAAGCGAAACUCGUUGCCGCCAACACCAAAACCACCACCACCAAUCCUUCAGCAGAAGGUACCCUCUCCCACCUCUUCUCCACCACUCGCACCGCCCUCCAAGCACCCAGUUCCAACCUCGCCGAACUUUCUCAGUUCGCAACCUCUCGCAGAGAAGUCUGGAGAGCGUUGGCGUACGAGAAAAUUCGUCGACGAGGUGAUGGACAGUUUUGCGAGGAUUUGACGGCGUUGAGAUUGGGUAUUGUGGCUUGGACUUUGGCGUCGAAAAGUCCACAGAGGGAGUUUAUUCUUCAACAACAACAUGAUCAGCAGCAGCAGCAGCAGCAGACGCAGCAGCAGCAGCAUUGGAUUGUGGGGUUGAGGAAUUGUUGCAAGGUGAUUCAGGAUUCGGUGAUAGAUUUUGGGGGGAGGAGGGUGUGA